AGUCGGGGUGCAGGUGGCACAAGGUGAUCAAUGCAGCGGUGGCGGCUGUAAAAUGCUAGUCUCCGAUGGUUACAGUCGCCGGAGGAGGGCGCCCGCAUUCGUGGCUCUCUACCCUCGACCCGGAGCUAAGACAACACAUACAGAACUGUCCGUGUCCUUGCAACCACAUGGGGUACGGGAAUGUCCUAGACUACCAGAUCCCCCAUUGCGCUCACGAAUAUCCAAUUCGAGAAACAUCCUUUAACGUGCCUCAAUAUUACAAUGACGUUCGAGAUUAUUACCACCCCUACGACUACCACGGCUCCAUAGAAUCAUGUUCUUGCAGCACAUCCAGCGACACUUCAAAAACAACUUUCAAAGGCCCUUGGUGCAUCUGUAUAAUAAUCUGCGUUUUAAUCGCGACUCUAACCGCCGGUUUAGGCCUACCCCUAGCUCUAGGUCCACACAUCCCCCCCCAAACCUCCGAACAACGACUCAAUGUCAUAAAAAAACUAUUAAAAGAACAACCCCUAAUCGACGGCCACAACGAUCUACCCUGGAACCUCAGAAAAUUCGUUCACAAUAAAUUAUUCAAUUUAAACUUAAGUUCUAUAAGUGAUCGAGAACCUUGGGCGACUAGUAAAUGGUCUCAUACGGAUAUACCGAAACUUAGAGCCGGUCUAUUGGGGGCUCAAUUCUGGUCUGCUUACGUGCCUUGCAAAGCUCAACAUCUCGACGCUGUACAAGUCACUUUAGAGCAGAUAGACGUCAUCAAAAGGCUGGUCGAGUUCAAUUCUAAUCAUUUCUCAUUGGUGAGGUCUACGCGGGAAAUUAGAUCGGUCCAUAAGGAAGGGAGGAUCGCUUCGUUGAUUGGAGUCGAAGGAGGACACGCUUUAGGUAAUUCCUUAGCCGUUUUGAGGACUUUCUACAGUCUAGGUGCUAGAUAUUUAACCAUCACCCAUUCGUGCGACACCCCUUGGGCAACAGGGACCAAUACCAAGACCAGAGACGGUCUUUCGGAAUUCGGGAAGAGCGUUAUUAAAGAAAUGAACCGUCUUGGUAUGAUUAUAGAUCUUUCUCAUACAUCUAUGACCACUGCCAAAGCGGCGCUCAAUAUAUCCCGAGCGCCGGUUAUAUUUUCACAUUCAAGCGCCUUUUCGUUGUGCAAUUCCUCUAGGAACGUACCCGACGACGUGCUCAAAUUGAUAGCGCACAACGGAGGAGUAGUCAUGGUAAAUUUUUACACUUACCAUGUUACUUGUAACGAAACUGCCACUAUACAAGACGUUAUUAAACAUAUUAAUCAUAUUAGGACUGUUGCUGGUAUCGAACACGUCGGAAUCGGAGCUGGAUAUGACGGGAUAAAUAUGACACCUAGUGGAUUAGAAGACGUGUCUAAAUAUCCUUAUCUCUUAGCCGAACUGCUAGCUGACCCUAAUUGGACGGAAAAAGACGUUGUGUCAUUGGCCGGUUUGAAUUUAUUGAGAGUAUUCGAAGGAGUCGAAGAAGUAAGAGACAAAUGGAAGAACGAACAGGUACUUCCGGUGGAAGACGAAAUCCCACCUAUGCAUAACCCGUGCUCCUCGUUAUAUUCUUGACGACGGUUUUAUAGAUUUUUAGGAUAUCGAAGGUUGAAUAAGCUUUUUAGUCUGUCGUUUUAGAGGAAUGUAUUUGUGUAUAGUAUGACAAUAUUUUUGACGCGUAGGUUUAAUUAAUCUAACCGAUUUCUUCUUAUAUUGUUGGCCUUUUACUUCGAAACUCGCAGCCAAAUAAAACUGUUUCUGGAGAAUAAAACUUACGAGGUGUGGUGGAAAAUUAUUUUGAUAAGGAUGUUAAAUCUGGUGAAUAAGAGGUAUGUGGAGAAACAGGAAGACUUCUAUCCGCAAAAAAGAUUAAAUGAAUGACGUUGGUCCAUUUUUUGAUACUUUUCGUCUCUGAUCGAUUUUCAUUCCCUCACGUGACUUUUAAAAAGUUAUAAUAUCAUCACCAUAGACAAAUUUUACUAUUUAUUGAGUUUUUUCAGCGUCUCAUGAAAAUUUUAUUUAUCACACCUCGUAUCUUUCCUUAUAAUAUUGGCCUCUUGUUAAGAUAUGCACAUCCAGUUAAUUUCUUUCUGACACAGAACAAAUAAUUAUUUCUAAGAAACGUAGAACGUAAACAAAUCAUAGAACCAAAAAUGUAUUUCUUGUACUGUUAGCCUCCACCUUUGAGCUGCUCAGGCAAUUUAACCAGUAGUACAAAUAUUAUCCACAGAACAAAAAAUUUACUUACGGGGUGCGGUGGAAAAUUAUUUCGAUAAGAAUACAAAGUAAAAAGGUGAAAUAUAAGUUUGAUUGAGUUAAAUCUGGUGAGUAAGAGGUAUGUGGAGAAACGGGAAGACUUCUAACCGUCAAAAACUCGCGAAAUAACAACAAAUAGUGACGCGGGUCGUUGUCAAAAUUGAAAUAAAGAUGAAGGAUCAUUUUCAUGUCCAUAUUUUGAUAUUCUUUGUCCCCGACGAAUUAAAUCCCUCAAGUGACAUGUAAAAAGUUGUUAUAUCAUCAGCAUAGACAAUUUUUUUAGUCUUGAAUUUGAAAUGUGAUGAUAAUACGUGUCACGAGCUGCUGUAUUUUUCGUCAGUAUUGGCCUGUUGCUUUAAGUUGCACAGCCAGUACAUUUCUUUCUGACACAGAACAAAGAAUUACUUUAUCAUAUAUUGUUGGCAUUUUUCUUCGAGUUGCACAACCACUUUAAUCAAUUUUGACAGAUACAGAAAACUUAUAUAUAUGAAAUUUGAUGAAAAAAUUCGAAAAUUAACGCUUGAUAUACUUUACAGUAUGUCAAAAUGACAAAUUCAAUUUAUUUUUCUCUAGCGCGUAUACAAAACGUAAUGACAUUUGAAUAUUUAGUUCUGUGGUUACAGACGUUUGACCUUUGACGUAUUUCGACAUUGUUUUCACCCAUACCGUAACAUUAGACAUCUGUCUAAGUUCUAUGGUUCGCACCAACGAUCUAUAUCAUGUAACUUAUUUUUGAGUUGUUUCGGAAGUUGUUUGCCGUCUAAUAUCUAAUUACCUUUGUGCUCUAUCCACUUCAAACUUCUCUAUAACCUUAUUAUAGCAAAUAAUAUAACUUUCUACGGAUAUUUUCGAUUGAGAAGCCUCUAUUGAGACUUACCUUUGGCAGAAAUAAAUGUGUCUGACUCUUCUGUGUUGUAUACUUAACACGCACAAUAUAAGAUUGAUUUUGCGUAUAGAAAAAUCUGGACAGAAGCUAUAACGUCUUUGUGUAAGAAAAAUAGCUAUGUGACUGUUUUUCAAGAAAGUAAUGGCGCCCGUGCCUGCGCGCGCCUUCGGUUUCUGCUGUCAUGGGGCCUCGCGGAUGUAAACAAGAUAAAAAAACUUUCACUCGUACUUUUUUGUAAUUUCUUUAUUUAUAUCUAUAAAUGUUAUUUUCUUCAAGAAACUCAUGUGCCCCAAUAGUUAAUAACAUUGUUCAAUCAUUUGAACAGACAUCUGUUUCGCGCAGUUCUCUUAUUGGAGCCGCCAUUAUCGUCUUAGCUCGUGGCCAACCAAUCGCAUGUCCAGAAUUUCCCAUACGGGGACAAAUAUAAUUCUAGAACGCCCUCUGUGUGUAUGCUAUGAAACUAAUACUGUGUAAAUAGAUUUUUUUUUGUUUUGAUUCGACUAAGGGAUAAAUUUUUCAUUUUUGAUUUUGAAAAAAAAGUUGCUCGUUUUUUUUUAUUUUUGUAUUUUGAAAAUUUUCAUUACCGCUCAAAAAAUAUAUUUUUCAAAAUUUUAUUUCUGUUUACAUUUAAAAAAAAUUAAAAUGUCAAAAUUCUAAGUACUUUAUAAAAAAAAUCAUAUUUUUCAAGAAACCUUGUAUAUUAUAAAAAAAAUUAAUAUCUGAUGUUUGUUUUUCAUAAUUUAGAACAUGCAAAAUUUUUUAUCAAGAAUACCUUUUUUCGUUAAAAUUAAUAAUAAUAAAAGUUUCUAUUAAAUUAUGGGGACAUACUGUACAGUCAGUUUCAAUAGUUUUUUUACGUGGAUUUUGAUGUCUACUAGUGUUUUCGUAUUAGGACACUACCAGGUUUUUUUGGAAAUAAUAGUAUCUUAUUUAUUAAGCGUAUUUAAGUAAUUAUAUUUUACAACGCCGCUCGUUUUAUUCACUGGAUAAAUUCUUCUUUUUUGCGAAAUAAAACGACUUACCUACACAACGUGGUAUAAAAUCACAAUGCAUUUCCAAAAUAAUAAUAAAUAAUUAAAUUAUCUUUGCAUACAACAUUUCAUUUAUACAGAAUAUUAUAUUAUCGACGUAACCCCGUAUAAUACGAUUUAUUAUUGUUCAUAAUAAUUAUGUAAAAAAUAUUUUUAAAACCAGUACACUUUCACAUGUUUAUCGCCAUCUUUAUAUAAAAAUUCUGUAGACGUUUAGAUUUUCGAAAAGCUUAUAUUUCUAAACUUGUUUUUUGGAAAACGCUUUUCAAAACUGUAGAUUUAAACCAAACAGAAAAUUGUAGAUAUAAACACAAUUUGAACCGAAUAAAAAUCUAUCAGCUCGGUAGUAAAUUAUUCAUUUGAAUAUUGAAAUAACCUCAAUUCGACUCAUAGCAAAUGAACUACUACAUUGAACAACGUGAACAGGAAAUAUCAUAUAUUAAAUAUUAGCGCUGUUGCCAAAUUAUCAAAAUAUUAAUUGAAAUAUUUUAUUUGUAUUAAGUAUAGAAUCAAAUGUUCUACAAUAACAUCGAUCAACAACAGAAAAGUCGAUAUGGAAUGAAGUGUAAGUAUUUGAUGUCAAUAAUAUACUUUAUUUCAAGAUUCGUGAGUAGCAGUUCCCUAUCUUCGUGAUACGAAACAUCUCUAUUAAUAUUAAAUAAUAAACAUAUGAUAAGUUUGUAGAGAUGUUUCCACGUUGUAAUUUGUUUCCAGUUCUAAAAUCAUGUAAGUUUAUUAUGGUUAGUAGUGAUAGGAAAUAAUUUUUAAUUGAAAAAUAAUUAAUUGUUGGGAUUAAUCGAUAAAACUAGAAAUUCUAACAAUAACCUGAUUCUGCUAACAAUAAAUCUUACAACAUCGUAGAUCAAUGACACAGGGCUGCCAAUACUUAACAUCAAAUUUCCACUGUUACGCGAGUAAUGAUUUCAGUCACACUUGAAUAUAAAUAUAUUUGUACCUGCAAAUUUUAGAUAAAAACACUGUAAUAAGAAGUGUUUUUGUUUAUAUCUGCAUUUUCUGUUACAGUUGUCUACAAAAUAUGUAUAAACUGUAUAAUGUAAAAGAAAUAUAUACAUAUAUCAUCAAAAGUGCUGUGUACCUUAUGACGAUGUCAAGAAUGUUGAAAUGGUUGACCAGAAAGACCUAAAUAAUGGGAAAUAGGUAUCAAUUUGUAAAUGCCACAUUUUUUAAAUAUGUGAAAUUUAUUAUAAACAAACGUCCUUAUAUCUGAAAUCCUAUUUAAAAGAUUCAGAAGGUAUGCAUCUCUCCUGAAAACGUCCUGAAUUCUAUUCGUCCUAUUUUUACUCCCGACAGUAUAUCGUUUAUCUUAAAUACUACAUUUCAGAACAAGUUUUUUCUAUUUUCCAAAAGAGUUGUUCAAUGAAAAAAUAAAUUUUUUGAUCCUGUUUCACAUGUAUGAAAAGAUACGAUAAGGUAUUUGUUGUGGCUUUUGAUAGUUUUUAAUGUGCAAGUUGGAUGUUUAUAGAAAAACAAUUUAUUAUAAUACGAGAGUAAAUAUAUAGAAAUGAAUUUAUUUAAAAAAAAAUUUAUAUGUUGUUGGGUUUGUAAAAUUUAUAGAAAUACAUAUUUACCAACGUAGACGCGUAGAUAUAUUUUAUAUCGUAUUUGAGGAAAUGUAUUUUAAUAGAUUAUAAUAAAAUAAAGGUUGAUUUUGCAA